UAAUAAGAGGCGCUGUAUAUCGCAGUAAAUGGAGUAAUACUAAAAGAAACGCAGCUUCUUUUCAUGGCCUAAAUCGUUUGGGUUAGACCAGAAAAGGCCCUAAAUUCACAGUUUGUAAUUUCAGGCUUUGGAUGCAGCUAUUGAUUUUGAUGAAUCCAUUUCUGGAGGUGAAGGUGGGAUUCUUCAAGGGUGUAUGGAGAUGAAAUCACUGCUGAAAUUUUACGAUGCAAUACAUAAAUCCAUCAUAAUUUUCAAAUUGUUAUAGUUCUCUUUUCCAGGAUGGCAUCAUCUCCUCAAGUUGAGGUAGAGGCUGCUAACUUCCUUCACAAGUUGAUACGCGAGUCGACGGAUGAGCCAGCCAAAUUAGCAACAAAACUUUAUGUGAUAUGCCAACAUAUGAAAAUAAGUGGGAAGGAGCAUUCCUUGCCUUAUCAAGUCAUAUCCAGGGCUAUGGAAACUGUUAUUGCUCAGCAUGGUCUGGACAUUAAUGUUUUGAAGUCAUCUCGUCUAGGCUUGGCUAGUGGGCUUGAAGUUGGGGAUUCAAGUUCACGAGCCAGUCGUAGUGGAAAUGAAAGUGGUCAUGCAGUCGAUCCCGUUGACUCUGGUAUGGCAAGAAUGAAGGAGAAGGAAACAUCAAACACCAUGGGACUUGGUAUUAGUAAUCUGUCUCACAAAGGUGGGCCUCUUAGUCCAUGGCAUGUACCUUUAUCUGAGAAUGAAAUAUCCAAGCAGGGAAAUGUAAAUUUCAAAAAGCCAUUUGAAGGGCCAGUGGAUUUACAUAUGUUCCAAAGGAUAAGUAAAGCCUCUGAGCAUGAUGCUGUAAACACUCCCCCUGUUGAAGAUUUUAAAUCUGGUCACCAACAGGAGAGGAAUGAUAAUGUGAGGUCCGAUGAUCAGGAUGCUGGAAAGGAUGUGAUUGAUAGAAGACUUAAUGCUAAGAGAAGGAGAGGGGAUUCUGGGCUGAAUCCAAAUGAGGGAUACUUAGAAAAUUCACAACAGAGAAAUGCUCCAUGCUCUAUGGGCCCAAGUUUAAAGAAGGGGAAGAUUGUUAACCAGGGCGAUAUGCAAGGCCAGAUUAUGAUUAAAGGUGAUGAACAAGCUCGUCUGAUCAGUUUUGGGCAACACAAUGAUCAGUUGAAUCAGAUCUCGUCUUUUUCGAGUGGCAUCGACUCUUAUGCAUUAAGGGGCAAGCCCGAUGAUAUGCCAGGUUUCAUCCCUGAAAAAGCUGCUGUUAAAGUAAAAGCAGGCUCAAAAAUGGGGGCUCAAUCUAUGAUGCACAUGGAAGAAGGAGAAGUUUCUUCAGGUGUUGAUGCUUUUGGGCAAUCUAAAGGUGGUCCAUCACAUCCCAGAUUUGGAAUUCCUAGUUCUGGAGGGCUUUCAAUAGACGAACCCUCCUUUGUUUCCUCUGCAAGAGAGUUGAAGAAAGAUUUGCGAUUGCCGGAAGAUCAGAUUAAUGAUUUUUCUGGGCAAUCCUCCGAAGUAUCCCACAUUACUAAAAGUACUAAAGGUUGGCAAGAUCAUGGUAUCUCUCAAGUUGCUCGAGAAGUUACUGUUAUGAAAGAUGGGGAUGUGGGUGGUAUUAGUGGACCACCUGGGUUGUUCAAUAAUAGCUUGUAUGGCACUAACUCAACAACAAACCCCUCGUGUGAUGCUAGCCGGGGUCUUUUUAUGAAGGGCUUAGGGACCCAGGGACCAAGAAAGGAGAGCAUUGUAGGGAAUAGUGAGUUCUCUGAUCGAAGAGAUCAAGAAUCCCUUGCAAAACAAACAUCUGAUGCAUCUCUACACGGUACAAGCAGUGAAACUAAUGUUGGCAGGGAAAUGGGUAUGGCCAGAAAUUUAGGUAUGAAAGAUGUAUCAAAGCCCCCUGUCUUACCUCAAGCUUCUGCCUCAUCGAAUGCUCCUUUCAAGGAGCACCAUCUGAGACAACUCAGAGCUCAAUGCCUUGUCUUUUUAGCUUUUCGAAAUGGCUUAGUUCCCAGGAAACUGCAUCUUGAAAUUGCAUUGGGCUCCUUUGAACUGACUGAAGGUAUCAAUAAUGGAGAUGGCACUCUCAAAGGAUUGAACAAUAGAGGAAAGGAGUUAGUGUUUAGUGAGUCUGGUAACAACAGUGAACCUGCUGGUCACUUGGGGGGAUCAAAUGAUACCAGAGAAAAUGAAAAAGAGAAGAUAAUCUCCACUGGUAACUUACCAGGUUCUUCGUCCACUGGAAGCCUUCUAGAGACAGAUUCCUCCUCAAAGGACACAGAGAGUGGAAGAAAGGGGAAAAGCAAGAAGGUUCUUCCAACUGAGAGAUCUAAAAUGACAGAAGAAAGGAAGCGCAAUUUAUCUGCCAGAAAAACACAAACGGCUGAGUCAAAGAUGGUGCUGAUGAUGCAGCAAGAACCUGAUAUGAACUCUCCUGCGGAUUUUCAGAGGGUUUCAAAUGAUAAGUACCAUGAAAAGGAGGGUGCUGAGUAUUUUGUUGGAAAAAUGAAUCAGGUUUAUUCGAAUGUUUUAGACACGAGUAAGAGAAUGGUUCCUCAUGCACCUGGCUUAACUGGACCUGGGGCAUCCUCUUUCCGGGAUGUACCGGUUGUUGUGCCUCAACAACAUCCUUUCUUGGGUAAAGUAGACAAUCCCAUGAAUCACCCUCAAGCUUUAGAUGGAUCUCCUGCCCUUCUGAGAACUGCAGCUGGGGAUCAGAAUCCAUCUAUUUCAUUGUCGAAGGAUCGUUUCCCAAUGACUACUGGCAAACUUGCUGAUAUUGAUAAUGGGUUUAAGAAAAUUUCUUCAUCUGCAUUUGAUAGCCAUUCUCUCUCUGCUACUGCUGGCCAGGGUAAGAGUUCUCGUGCUACUCUUGAGUCGGUUAGCCCUAUUACUCUGGGUGAUACAUAUUUUGUGGCUCCUGCAUUGAAUGGUUCAAAUGAUCAGACGGUUGUUGACUUGCAAAAGCAAAGUAGUUCUGAUGUGUCCAAGGGUAGGAAUCUUCAGGAAACUGUGCAUUAUGCACAGCUGCUUACAGUUUAUGAAAAAGCAGCUGAAGAAGAAGAAAACAAAGCAGAUGCUAGUGACGCACCAUCAUCUCCCCCAAAGUACAGUACCAUUGACAAGUGGAUCACAGACCAACGCAAAAGAAAACUUCUUGAAGAGCAAAGUUGGGCACUAAAGCAGAGGAAGACGGAGGAGAAGAUAACUGAUUGUUUUCAUAAGUUAAAGGAAAAUGUGAAUGCUUCAGAAGAUAUAUCAGCCAAGACAAGAAGUGUCAUUGAACUCAAAAAGCUUCAGCUGCUUCAGCUUCAAAGGAAAUUGAGAAGUGAAUUCUUGCAUGAUUUCUUCAAGCCCAUCACCUUUGAUAUUGAUCGUAUAAAAUCAGUUAAGAAGCAUAGACAUGGAAGGCGGAUAAAACAGCUCGAAAGAUAUGAGCUUAAAAUGAAGGAGGAGAGGCAAAAGCGGUUCCGUGAGAGGCAGAAAGAGUUCUUCACUGAAGUGGAAGAUCACAAGGAAAGGUUGGAGGACUACCAUAAGAUUAAGAGAGAACGAUGGAAGGGAGUUAACAAAUAUGUGAAGGAGUUUCAUAAGAGAAAAGAUCGGGCACAUCGUGAGAAAAUUGAGAGGAUCCAGCGUGAGAAGAUCAAUCUGUUAAAGAACAAUGAUGUUGAGGGAUAUCUAAGGAUGGUUCAGGAUGCAAAAUCUGAUCGUGUUAAGCAACUUCUUAAAGAAACAGAAAAAUAUCUUCAGAAGCUUGGGGCAAAACUUCAACAGGCAAAUGCCAUGGCACGGCGUUUUGGGAUGGAAACGGAGGAUACAAGAGCAGCAAAUGUGAUUGAUAAAGAUGAACCUGAUGUGGAAAACGAGGAUGAAAGUGCCCAGCAUUAUUUGGAGAGCAAUGAGAAAUACUACCUAUUGGCUCAUAGUAUAAAGGAGAGCAUCAAUGAGCAGCCAACCUCUCUUCAGGGUGGAAAAUUGAGAGAGUAUCAGAUGAAUGGCCUGAGAUGGUUGGUUUCACUAUACAAUAAUAAUUUGAAUGGGAUCCUUGCAGAUGAAAUGGGUCUAGGAAAAACUGUUCAGGUUAUUUCUCUGAUUUGCUACCUGAUGGAAGUCAAAAAUGAUCGAGGACCUUUUCUGGUGGUAGUACCAUCGUCUGUUCUUCCUGGAUGGGAUUCUGAAAUCAGCUUAUGGGCUCCUGGUAUAAACAAAAUUGCAUAUGCUGGUCCUCCUGAAGAGAGACGCAGGCUAUUCAAGGAAAUAAUAGCUCAUCAGAAAUUCAAUAUCCUGUUGACAACAUACGAAUAUCUUAUGAACAAACAUGACAGACCUAAACUCAGCAAAGUACAUUGGCAUUAUAUUAUAAUUGAUGAAGGCCAUCGCAUAAAGAAUGCAUCUUGCAAGUUGAAUGCAGAAUUGAAGCAUUACCAGAGCUCUCACCGUCUUCUGUUGACAGGAACGCCUCUCCAGAACAAUCUUGAGGAGCUCUGGGCUCUCCUUAACUUCUUGCUGCCAAACAUUUUCAACUCAUCGGAGGAUUUCUCCCAGUGGUUCAACAAACCAUUCGAGAGUGGCAAUGAUAGUUCCCCCGAUGAAGCUUUAUUAUCUGAGGAGGAAAACCUUUUAAUUAUUAAUCGUCUUCAUCAAGUCCUGCGUCCUUUUGUACUUCGAAGAUUGAAGCACAAGGUGGAAAAUGAAUUACCGGAGAAGAUUGAAAGGCUUAUAAGGUGUGAGGCCUCUGCUUAUCAAAAGCUUUUAAUAAAGAGAGUCGAGGAUAAUCUUGGUUCAAUCGGAACUUCAAGGGGCCGCUCGGUACACAACACUGUGAUGGAAUUACGUAAUAUUUGCAACCAUCCAUAUCUCAGCCAGUUGCAUGCGGAGGAGGUUAACACCUUGAUACCACGGCAUUACCUGCCAUCAAUGGUGCGGCUUUGUGGGAAGCUAGAAAUGUUAGAUCGUUUACUACCCAAGUUGAAGGCGACAGACCAUCGAGUUCUCUUCUUCUCCACUAUGACUAGGUUGCUUGAUGUGAUGGAGGACUAUCUCUGUUGGAAAGGGUACGGGUAUCUUCGAUUGGAUGGUCAUACUUCUGGAAGUGAGCGUGGAGCUCUUAUCGAGGACUUCAAUAGGCCCGACUCUUCUGCUUUUAUAUUUCUAUUAAGUAUUCGGGCAGGUGGUGUUGGAGUUAAUCUUCAAGCUGCUGAUACUGUCAUCAUAUUUGACACUGAUUGGAAUCCUCAGGUUGAUCUGCAGGCACAGGCUAGGGCUCAUAGGAUUGGACAAAAGAAAGAUGUACUUGUACUGCGGUUUGAAACAGUACAAACUGUAGAAGAACAAGUCAGAGCUGCAGCAGAACACAAGCUUGGAGUAGCCAAUCAGAGCAUUACUGCUGGUUUCUUUGACAACAAUACCAGUGCUGAAGAUCGAAGGGAGUAUUUGGAAGCUCUCCUCCGGGAGUGCAAAAAGGAAGAAGCCGCUCAAGUUUUAGAUGACGGUGCCCUGAAUUAUCUUUUGGCUCGCAGUGAGUCAGAGAUUGAUGUUUUUGAAUCCAUUGACAAACAAAGGAGUGAAGAUGAGAUGGCACAAUGGCAAAAGUUGCAGUCAUGGAACAAGGAUCGUUCUGAGCCCUUGGUGUUGCCAUCUCGGCUUGUAACUGAAGAGGAUUUGAAGUCAUUUUAUAAUGCCAUGAAGCUAUAUGAGACGGCCAAUAUAGGAAUAAAGCACAAAAGUGAGCAUCUUGGAGUUCUUGACGUUCAACAGUAUGGAAGGGGCAAAAGAGCUCGAGAGGUUCGUUCAUAUGAAGAUCAAUGGACAGAGGAAGAAUUUGAAAAGAUGUGCCAGGCUGAAUCCCCUGAAUCCCCCAAACCACAGGAAGCAUCUAAGGAUUCUCGGGAGACAAAAGAGGUUGAUGGCUUGACAAAGGUGGUUGAUGCCAAUGAGCCAAUCCUAGCAGCAGCACCAGCAGCAACACCAGCACCAGCACCAGCACCAACAUCGGCACCGGCACCGGCACCGGCACCAGCACUGGCACCGGCACAGGGACCUGCACUGGCACCGACAUUGGCACGAGCACCGGUACCGGUACCGGUACCGGUACCGGCACAGGCACGAGCACCAGCACGAGCACCAGCAUCGGCACUGGCACCGGCCCAGCCCCAGCCCCAGCCCCAGCCCCAGCCCCAGCCCCAGCCCCAGCCCCGGCACCGGCACCGGCAACGGCAACGGCACCAGCACCAACACCAACACAAGCACCAGCGCCACCACUUGUUAAGAGAGGGCGAGGAAGGCCGAGGAGAGGCACUGAAGUUUCUCCCGCUGCUAAAACCAGAGCAAAGAAUACACAGGCUGGGCCUGUAAAAGUAGAUG